UCAGUCAUUCUACUAUUUAGACAACAAAAGAAUGGCCUCUGGAUGCUUACCAUAAAAACAACAACAACAACAAAAGAAUAGCCUCCCAGUGCUUGAUUUCUUUUCGCAAAUUCAAAUCUUUGCAAAAUACGAUAUUCACAUCUCCUAUUCUUGAAUAUCAUCGUUUGUGGUGUUGCUGCUGCAAGAAGAAUAAGACUCGGAUUCCAUCUGCAAAAUUUCAAGUCUUUUCAGGAAAAUAAUUCAAACAGUAUGUCUGCACAAAGAACUUAAUAGAUAGCCAGAUUUUUCUUUCGUGAAAAAACAGACCAAAAAUUACCAUCUCUCUGGAUGGAGGUCCUUCCAAGUUCUCGAGUUUUACCGUGGAAAUAUUGCCCUGCAAAAUUUUUAAAGAAUGAAUUGCAAGUUUCUUUGAGGUGUGUAAGGACGGAAUGCGGUAUUAGAACAAGGAAUGGUAGUGAUAGAAAGGGAGCUUCUAAACGGAAUAUCUUGGUUCAGCCGUUUUGGAAUCUGAGUAGAAACUUUUCUGCUAAAUUUGGUUUGUUUUCAAUAAGCUACAGAUUCAUUCCUAAAUUGAGCAAAUAUCGUGGGAUUCCCCAUCAGAAGAUAAACUUUUCAGAAGAGAUCAGACAGAAAGUAUAUGUUCCUCUCGUCCGGUUAGUUGUUGGAGUGAUGCUGGUCAUGUCACUUUCGGUUGCUAUUAGCAAGAGUACAUCUUGGGCCUUAUCUGAGGAAAAUCUACUCUUCUUGGAGGCAUGGAGAACAAUAGACCGUGCAUAUGUUGACAAAUCCUUUAACGGACAGAGUUGGUUUCGUUACAGAGAAAAUGCACUACGCAAUGAACCAAUGAACACGCGAGAAGAAACGUAUGUGGCAAUAAAGAAGAUGCUUGCUACACUUGAUGAUCCUUUCACUAGGUUUUUGGAGCCCGAGAAGUUCAAAAGUUUGCGGUCUGGAACUCAAGGUGCUCUUACAGGUGUUGGGCUGUCAAUUGGUUACCCUACAAAACUUGAUGACUCUUCUGCUGGGCUUGUUGUUGUCUCAGCUGCCCCAGGAGGUCCUGCAAAUAGAGCUGGUAUUUCUUCCGGCGAUAUUAUUCUGGCAAUUGAUGAUACAAGUACUGAAACAAUGGGCAUCUACGAUGCAGCUGACAGAUUGCAGGGACCUGAAGGUAGUUCGGUGAAGUUGACCAUUCGUAGCGGACCUGAAAUAAAGAACCUGGACUUGGUGCGAGAGAAGGUUUCAUUCAACCCAGUGAAGUCAAGACUUUGCAAGUUAUCCGGUUCAGGAAAGGAUUCCUCUAAGAUUGGUUAUAUAAAACUCACAUCAUUCAAUCAAAAUGCAUCAGGGGCUGUCAAGGAAGCAAUUGAUACUUUAAGAAAAAGUGGUGUCAACGCCUUUGUGUUGGACCUUCGAGAUAAUAGCGGUGGUCUUUUUCCAGAAGGAAUUGAGAUUGCAAAGAUUUGGCUGGACAAAGGUGUAAUCGUUUACAUAUGUGAUAAUCGCGGCGUUCGAGACGUAUAUGACACAGAUGGAGGCAGUGCAAUCGCGCCCUCUGAACCCCUUGCUGUGCUGGUGAACAAGGGAACUGCUAGUGCAAGUGAAAUAUUAGCGGGUGCACUGAAAGACAAUAAGCGUGCGGUGUUACUUGGCGAACCAACCUUUGGAAAGGGCAAGAUUCAAUCGGUUUUCCAACUCUCUGAUGGCUCUGGCAUGGCUGUUACCGUUGCUCGCUAUGAGACUCCUGCUCACACUGAUAUUGAUAAGGUUGGAGUGAUCCCGGACCAUCCUCUGCCAACAUUAUUUCCAAAGGAUGAAGAGUCCUUUUGUGGCUGCGUAGAGGAUGCUGCAUCUGCUUGCUAUUUGAACAAAGUCCAGCUAUUUUCAAGAUAACAACGUCUUUCCUGAAAAAAUUACAGGAAGACAUUUCCAUUCUUUUUUUUAUUUUUUAUUUUUAUUUUUUCCUGGGAUUUAUAGUUUAGUAUUCUUUUGAGGAUUUACUGAUUUACAAAACGUAAAACUGCUCAUAUCAGUUGAGCUGAGCAGAGCUCCAGAAAGGAGGAAAAAUUGAAGUU